AUGACAGUUAUCACAAAACCUUCCAUAACGGCAGAGGCAUUGUUUGACCAGAUAUCUGAGACAUACGAGGAUGCGUAUGGCGGCAACGAUGGACUCAAUACCGCAUUUGCCAGGUUAAAUGAUUAUCACGAAGCUGGCUCAUCAGUUCUCGAUAUCGGUUGUGGCCCUGGAGGGCCUGCAUCUCGUUUGAUCAAAGCCGGCUUCCAAGUUACUGGCAUCGACAUCUCGCAAAAGAUGGUCGACUUCUGUAAGAAGAGUUUCCCUGGAACCUUCCACAAGGCUGACAUGACAAAAUACGAACCAUCUCAACAAUUUGACGCUAUCGUUUCACUCUUCAACUUGUUUCAAACGUCAUAUACGACGACAUACUCCAUGGUAUUCAAAAUGGCAUCCUGGCUCCGGCCUGGCGGUACACUUAUUCUGGGAACAAUCGCAGCUGAGGACUAUAUCCAGGAUGAAGCGGCUUUAUGCACUGCUCGGAAACACCAGUACAUUGAGAACUAUGACGCCAAAUUCAUGGGACGAGUCAUCCCUGUCACGUUCCUCACUAUGAGCAGGUGGCUGAACGUUGUGCAGCAGGCCGGCCUCUUCAUCCAAGUUGUCGACCUCUGUGACUUCGAAAUCAAGGGUUUCAAACACAAAGAGAACCAUUUGUUUAUUACCGCGAGGAAGAUGAACCUGGAACCAUUGUUUGGACCAUACCCCUUGCCUACCUUCCGAAGACGCCCACAUCUUCUGAGCGAGGGAGCAUGGAAGCCAUUUGCGGAGCGACUUACACGUCAUGAAUUCGACGCUGUUCUCAAGGCUGUCGAGUCAAAUAAAGAGGUCCUUGAUAUUGGCAGUGGCCAUGGCGAGACUAAUCUGCUUGCUCCAGAAUUACCUGUAGCAAUAGCCAAACAGCUAGGCAAAGCCUACGCCAUCGAGCCAAACGGGGACAGAAACGAGGUCCUUAUCAACAACAGUGCACAGUCAAGUGUCGAAAUCCGCCAGGGAACAGCCGAAAAGCUGCCCUUCGAGGAUAAUAAGUUCGACGCCGCCGUAGCUCUCUGGAUCCUGCACUAUGUGGAUGACCUGGAGCAGUCACUCACUGAAAUGGCCCGUGUGGUAGAUGCCGCAGCCCCCAACGCUCGCAUUGUAAUCGUCCAGGGAGCUCCAGACAACGAGGUGGUCAACCUCAUUAAUAAGGCUUGCGCUCCUAUAGCACAGCAGGGAAUGCUGCCCGGGGAGUCUGCCAUCGACCACCAGGGCUUCCUGCUCGCCACUGCAGCCAGGGUCUUUGCUAGGCAUGGCUUCGGUGAUAUUUCUGUUGCACGGGUCGAUGCACACUGCAAUUUCCCGGAAGAAGACCUCUCUGUCCGUUGUACCAAAGCGGCGGACGUCCUGACGAAUUUCUGGUAUAAGGAUCAUCCUAGGAACAGUGAUAUGAAGGAGGCAUUCCAGCCCGUCCUGAAGGAACAUUUUGCGAGCAGGCCACUGGAGUUAAGCAACAACGAUCCUGAGAAGUCCUUGUUUCUCUCGCAUUCCACACAGUUGGUCAAUCACUUGAACGAUGAGGUUGCAAGCUGGAAUGUUGGAAGUUGUCUGUCGGUAAAUACAAGGCGGGACUUGUCGCAGGCUGAGCAAAAGGAGCCUUGGGGCGGCGGUCUUUGCGAAGUCGUGCAAGAGUUUACAGUCGUUCUUUUAGCCUGGCCAUGCUGCGGGCCCAAGAGCUCUCCCUUUAUCCCGAGAAACUAUGACCGUGAGUGCACAUGGGAUGAGGUGGUCUCGUCCCCCUUGUCUCCGGAUACUGACCGUAUGAUUUCUAUAGCAAACCCAGCUUACGGAGAAGGCCCAGCGCUAUAUAAACUUGCUGAACACGGCGCGAUGCAAUCAGAAUUGGCACGAAAUACCUGGCUUGGUUUGGUCCAAACUGCUCAGGUUGAAGCCCAGAUAGUAGAAUACUGCAGGAAACGAACGUCCCUAGGCAGUGCUGCUAAUGAGCAGGCUGCCAAUUCCCUACGAGAGUGCAUACCGGACCUCCAGUCCGUACAAGCAGAUGAGCAGAAUACUCCUGAGGACACCUUCCAGGCGCAGAUAUGCUUAGCGUGGCUAUUCUGGGAGCUCUCUGACCCAGAGGAGGCGGCGGCAAACCUACCUCAGGAAUUCGAGAGAACCGUACGGUCUUUGACUACCGGCGAGCAGUCAUUGUCCCCAUGGACACAAGUGUGUAUUGUACAGGGGGGUUAUUUGAAAGGUGCUGCGGAGGAGCUGUCUUCAGGGAAAGAACACGCGUUGCAGACCUUCAAAUCGACCUUUUCGUGGGCGGCCACCCCUGCAUCUUCUGAUAUCUCGAAUCCUCAACUUUUGUUCUGGUCCGAACAGUAUCUGGCGAGGGCCUCAAUGCUGGCCUAUGAGCUGUUUAUAUCCAAAGCGCCAAAUUACGACGAGGCAAACUUGGAAUUCGGGCUACGGUCUCUUCGUCUUUGGGCGUCACAUCCUGAUAUAAAAGGCAGUGACCCUGCGGUGGCUGCAGACAUCACACCAACGAAUUCAAGUUCAAAAACCUCAUUAUGGCGAGCAUACUAUGAUCUCCUUUCUAUUGUUUUACAAAAUGACCUCCAAUACCCACCCAUGUCGGAUGCACCAAAACGUGUUCAGCUCUCAACCGAGUUUCGAAGGAUAGAGGCAACUUGCGAAAACGUUCUCCUCAGGCACUCCAAGUUCCCGAAGGCUAAUGUUUCUAAUCAAGAGGUUGAGCUAUGGGUCAAGCAAGUUAUUCACAAUUGGGAAGUAUUCUGUAGCGCGGAAUGGUGCGAUGAUGAUUUCGGAGAGGGAGGUCAAGGUGCCAUCUCCCGCAAUGUUUUGGAUAUAUUAUAUCGCGCUGCAACCAAGACGUUUCACUCCACGUUAAUCCUCAGAGAACUUUUUCACGUGCAUGCAGCUCUGGCCGAGUUUGACUUGGCUCUUCAUGCCCUGGAUACAUAUAUUCAUCUUGUGAAAGACGCAAAAGAGAGAUCUGAACAUUCCAGCCACAUCAGGGAGGUCGAAGAUCCGGCACUUUUCAUCUAUACUCUAGCCGAGGGAUUGAUUAUGCUAUGCUGCUUUGGGUCGCGAAGAGAGGCAGAGAAAGUUAAACGGUUUACUGACCUGUUAGAUGAAGCACUGAGUGAACGAAUACAAACAAAUGGCCAUGGUCCAGUUCAAUCUAGUACCCAACCCGGUGGCACCAGCAUUCCUACUCAGUGGGUCUCAUUUGCUUAUAGGGCUAUUGGCAUUGGCCUCGCUACAUGGGCAAGAUGGACUCCUAUCAGUGAAUCCAGAGCCGAGCUCCAAGCCAAUGCCAUUUGUGCCUUGGAAAAAGCUCUGGUAGCCGAGGCUGAACAGGAACCCAAUCCUGCUACUGUAUUUGCUCUCGCUAUGCUACGUGCAGAAACAAGAGAUCUUGAUGGUGCCAUUGAACUUGUUCGUACGUCACUUAGCUCGUCCAAUGUCGAAGAUGACGCAGAGCAGGCGGACUCUCGCUCCAUCAUUAACUACGGGGAGAGAGAUAUUGUUCCACUAUGGCACUUACUUGCACUCUUACUCAGCUCAAAGGAGGAUUUUAAAACAGCGGCUAAUGCCUGUGAUGUUGUAUUUGAAAUGGUAUCGACAGAAAAACUGCUCCAUAAGCAAAGUUCUGUCCGACCCCUUCGAAACCCAACUGGAAAGGAGGAGGCCUCCGUGGGUUUCGCAGGCGAUGGACAACAUUCGAGGUUUCCGGAUAUAGAGACACGCGAGCGGGAGAGCAUGGUUGAGUUACGCAUGACCCAACUUGCACUCAUGGAUGUCAUGCGUGGCCCCGAGGCUGCUCUGAAUUAUAGCGAUGAACUAAUAAGUCUAUUUGGCCGGCUUUUUGCUGGUGUUGGGCUAGUUGAUAUCGAGGGUAAAGUCAACUCAGACCGUCUAACUCCUCCUAAAAGCGCGUCUGGGACUGUUAGAACCGGGCGAGCUAGCAUCUUUGGCUGGAAAAAGAACCAGCGGCCUCCAGUAGACCAAGCGGGUCUGCUCCACGGUGAUACUGGUACAGCACCUGGAGCAGCGUCAGGAAUGACCGACAAAGAAGCUGGCAUUAUUGCACCCGCACCUGCUAUCCAAGUUACAAAUAAUGAUGAAAAAGCGUCUAGUCCAGUACAGCAUCGCGGUCGGUCUCGUCAGGGUUCUCUUCUACGAAAAGAAAAUAAACUCACCCAGAAGAUCCAUCGCUUGGAAGGAAGCCUGACCAACACAGCCCCUGAAAAGAAGCUGGCUUCAAAUGAACAGAGUGACUCUGCAAGGCAAGCCCUGCCCCCUGUAUACCAUAAUAUGAAACACACGGAAGAACCAGCUCCUGCUGGUCAUCCACACCAGCCACCAAUACAGGACGUUAGGAUGCCUACAGCUCGCCAAUCCGGCCCCCUGAAUAAAGCAUUAACUAGGUUCCCAAGAAUCCAGGAGCAAAAGCAUUCCCUCAGCUUGCUUGUUAAGAUAUGGCUGUUCAUCUCCGACCUUUACCGCAAGGCCUUACUACUUGAAGACGCUAUGGAAGCUUGCAACGAGGCAUCAACGCAUGCUACUCGUAUUGAAGGACUUGUUGCAGCUCAGGAGUCAUCUACUCGGGCUUUUGCUGAUGAAGGGUGGGGUGGCACAAAGUCCCCAGACGAAAUAUGGGGCGAUAUCUACGCCGAACGCGGUUACAUCACCCAGGCGCAAUCGAAACCAUAUGAAGCCAUCAAACAUUUCGAGGAAGCACUUAUGCAUUAUCCAGACCACCCACGUGCAACGGUUGGUCUGGCUACUCUCCUACUUGAUAUCCACGACCAGACAUUGCCCGCAGAAGAGUCAUCGUCGCCCCCAUUACCCGAUAUUUCAAACAUAUCCCUUCAUUCACCAUCCCGCCAACAGGAAACAAAUGCUCCAAACGGAAUUAGUGCAAACGUCGAGCCUACAACUACAUCACCUGACGACACGCCUGAGUCUCUUAAUCGCCUUGCUGCGAGAGAUAGGGCUUAUGGGCUACUUUCUACACUUACUAAACUCGGCACUGCUUGGGACAACUCAGAAGCAUGGUUUGCCUUGUCUAGAGCGUACGAGCAAGGAGGCCAGAUUGAAAAGGCAAAGGAGGUGUUAUGGUGGUGUAUUGACCUUGAGAACGGCCGGCCGGUUCGGCAUUGGUGGAACGUUGGUUCCGGUGGCUAUGUUCUUUAA